GGAGCCUAGAGAGGAAUCAACUACAUCUUUUCACAGUCCACAUAACGUUGCCUCAACGGCAUCAACUUAGGGGCGACAUCACCCUGCUAUAGACUCCAUAGCUACCAACAAGCUCAACUGUUUACCAAUUGAGCCUCUUGAGCACCUACAAGCUGGCCAAUUGAAUUAGUGGUCAUCUAUCCAAUAAAACUAGAGGCUUUGAAGGGAGCUGUGGAGCUUUCAAGGACAUACCUUGAGCUUCCCGGUUCAAAUGAAUCCCUCGGGAUUUUUCAGAGUGCUAGGCACUAUCGCACGGCAAACUUCAUUUCGAUCUACAUCAGAAUCACAGCUGAUAUCGUCAAGAUCCAGAACAUUCUCAAGUUUGAGCACGAGGCUAUCAGGCGCGGCACCUCCACGAGGAUGGACACCUACUCCAUUUGUGACGGAGACGGUAGGUGGAGGAUGGCAUACAUAUGACAUAUUUUCCCGAUUACUCAAAGAGCGUAUCAUUUGUCUUAAUGGAGAAGUUGACGAAACUACGUCGGCCUCGAUUGUCGCCCAACUUCUAUUCCUCGAAGCAGAUAGCCCGGAAAAGCCAAUUCACCUCUACAUCAACUCCCCGGGAGGCUCUGUGACAGCCGGGCUUGCGAUCUACGACACCAUGACUUAUAUACAAUCACCUGUGAACACUAUCUGUGUUGGCCAAGCGGCUAGCAUGGGAUCCUUGUUGCUGUGUGGUGGUCACGCUGGCAAGAGGUAUUGCCUACCGCACUCAUCGAUCAUGAUUCAUCAGCCCUCCGGUGGAUACUUUGGCCAGGCCAGUGAUAUUGCUAUUCACGCGAAGGAGAUCCUCCGAGUUAGGACACAGUUGAACAAAAUCUACCAGAGACAUUUGACGGGCAAGAAGCAAUUGUCAUUGGAUGAGAUUGAAAAGCUGAUGGAACGAGAUUAUUUCAUGGGUGCUCAGGAAGCCCUGGAGAUGGGCAUUGUGGAUGAGAUCUUGGACCGAAGGCUAAAAUCUGAGAAUGAGACUGAAAACCCCAAGGGAUACCCAUCUUGAAGAGAGUAGGGUUGUACAAUAGUGAUAUGACGUAAGGAGAUGUAUAUUCUCCCCUCGGAUUGUGAAGUGCUAUGUACUUUAGAUUCUCAUCUCACGGUCCUCUCUUCUCUUGACGAGAUCAAUAACAUGCAUCUAC